AUGGGAAAAUGUUUUAGUAAAUCCAGGAAAGAGCCGAUAGAUAAAAUUUCAAAGCAGCAGCCUCCAACUUCUGAUACUCUUAUUGAUAAAAUGACACAUAGAGGUUCAACUGUUCCAAUUAUUUAUGACAGUAUUUUUUAACCAGAUAUUCAGAAAUAUUACGAUCUUCAGGUUUCUAUUGGUAGCGGACGCUUUGGAAAUGUUAAAAAGGCUCUGAGUAAAGAUAAAAAAGUCGAGCAAGAAUUUGCAAUAAAGAGCAUCCCAAAAUCAAAAGUUAUUGGCGAUUUAGAAGUUCUUUUAAGAGAAUUAGCUUAUCUUAUGAUUGUUGAUCAUCCAAAUAUAAUCAGACUCUAUGAAGUCUAUGAAGACAGUAAAUACAUUCAUUUAGUUUUAGAAUUAUGCACAGGAGGAGAGCUUUUUACACAAUUAUUAGAAAAAGGAAAAUAUGCAGAAAGUGAAGCUGCAAGGAUCAUUUAUUCAAUACUUCAUGCAUUGAGCCACCUGCAUAGCCUUGGAAUUGUGCAUCGAGACAUCAAGCCAGAAAAUAUUCUAUUCUCUACUCCAGAUUCUGAUGCAGAAAUAAAAUUAAUUGAUUUUGGGCUUUCAGCUAAAUACAAUAAAGAGAAAACACUAAUGCAUACAUCUGUAGGGACAGUUUAUUAUAUUGCUCCAGAAGUGCUUAAAAAUAACUAUAAAGAAUCUUGCGACGUUUGAAGCUUAAUUCCCCUCUGUAAGCUAACAAAACCAUUGGAAAAAUCCCUGUUUUUUGCCAAAAAAAAAUCAGUGAGCGAACAAAAAAUGUUUUAUUAUAGCGUUAUCUCUAACUAGCUUUUUUAAUUUUAAACUGCUUUCAUUUUAAAACAUAAAUUUUACAAAAUAAAUAAAUAUUUGCCUGAAAAUUAUUUUGAAUAGGGAAUUUUAAAUAUUUACUGUUAAAUUUAUAUUCUAAAAAAAAAUUAAUCCCUUCCUUUAGUGAACAAAAUUAUUUUGCUCACUCACUGGAGGUGGGAAGUUAGGGGUGAUAAUGUACAUGCUAUUGACUGGAAACUUGCCUUUUCAAGGAGUAUCAGAUAAUGAAAUUAUUUCAAACAUUCUUACUCCCCCUCCGUAAGCGAACAAAAAAAUUGGAAAAAAUCUCUAUUUUUUGUGGUAAAAACCCUUAGAAUAUUUUAUUUAAAAUAAAAUUUAUUUAUGACAAAAUAUUUUGAUAUAUAAAUGAUAAUGAUUAUUAUGAAAUCACGAGCUAAUUCUGUUAGACUUUAAGCAACUUGCAUAUUAAAACAUAAAUUUUACAAAUUAAAUUAAUUUGUGCUUUCAAUUUUUUUCUAAUUUGGGAUUUUUUAAAUUUCGAAAAGAAAAAAUACUAUAAAUUUAUACUAAAAAAAGACCUCCUCCAUGAGCUAACAAAUAUAUUUUCGCUCGUGGAAGGUCGGGGUGAGUUAGCUGCUCAUAUCCAAAUGAAGGAAAUCCUGAAUGAGAUUCACUUUCAGAAGAUGCUCGAGAUUUGAUAGCAAAAUUACUGAACCCAAAUUUCGAAGAAAGAAUUUCAGCUUGCGACGCAUUAGAUCACCCCUGGCUUAUAAAAAGAAACCAAAAAGAUGUCAAAAUGAUCGAAAGCAAGGUUUUCGAUAGGCUGCAAAAGCAAACAUCCACAAAUCAACUGGUCAGAGAAUCUACAAAAUUUAUGGUGAAGUAUGUCAAAGAAAAGAAAAUUCGUAAACUCAACCACGUUUACAGAGGGCUUGACAAAGAUCAUUCAGGCUUUAUAUCAGUGGCAGAGCUAAAGGAAGGGCUUGAAAAAGCUGGAAUUUUUAAAGAUCAUUCUGAGGUCGAAAAUAUUAUCAGAAAUUUAGCAUAUAGUGAAGAAGAGCGACUUGAUUACACAGAUUUCAUUUCAGCUACACUAGAUAAAAAAGAUUUAUACAAUAAAGAUAUAUUGUGGAUCGUAUUUAAGCAGCUUGAUGUUGAUAACAGUGGGGACAUCUCUUUGGAUAAUCUGAAAGAAGUUUGCAGCAGAAGAGGGAAAAAGGUGUCAAAAAACGAAUUUAAAGAAAUUUUGAAGCAAUAUGGACUGGAAGAGAAAGAAGGUAUCAACUAUGAAGAUUUUUGUAGGAUAUUUGAAGGUAAAAUACAUAUAGGCAGCUCUGAUGUAGAUAAAUUAUCACAUCGAAUUUCUGAGGAGUAG